AAAUCUUCGAAAUCUUGCAUUGCCGGUUUCGAAACUCAAAGGACAUUUCUAUCUAGCUACCACACUGCCAAUUUAAGAUAGAAACAAGAAGAAUAUAACCUCGACAGCUUGAAAACUAAGAAAACACAAUUGUCAACUUCGAAUACCUGCUUUCAACCAUGACCACUUGUGUUGUAUCCUACGAGAAACCGGAAGAAGAGAACAAAGCAGUUCUGAGCUUACUUGGCGAAGAAAUACAGUUGAAAUCGUUCAAGAAAAACAUUCUGGAAAAUGGAGAUCAGCUUCAUCUGAAAAUAAUAAUCUUAGGCGACCCAAAGUGGAAAGAGAGGAAUCUUAUGUCUUCAAAAAUAAUCCCAUUCUGUACCCCGUGGUUACAUCGGGAGGAGAUAGUGUGGAGAAAUUCGUCAAAUUCACAUUCUUACACUCUGAAGAUCCAGUAUUGGGAGCUUUCGCUCAUCGACAGAUUUCGCUUUCACUGUGGUAAUCGCAAAUUGUGCAAAUCAUGUGAUGGCGCGUUGCUGUUCUAUGAUGUAGAGAAGCCGUCAACGCUUUCCAUCGCCCUUGAAAAUUUCGAGCUCAUACAAGCAGCAAAUCCUAGCUCUGAACGAAACGGCUUUAAGGUUCCAAUCGUUUUGAUCGCGAUAAAUAAUAAUGCAAACGAAGGUUCCUUUCCAGGAAGUGAAGAAAUGGUCAAAAGGAAGGCGGAAAUGGACAAGUACUGUUCACACUAUGGAUAUGUCACAUGGUUUGAACUUCCAUCACGCAAGAUUGACGAUUACAAGCGGGUGAUCGCCAAAGCUGUGGAUAGAAUUCUACAAGAAAUAAUUGAUUUGUCUCGAAAUGGCGUGACAAUCUGGGGCGAUUGGAAACUGAAGUAUGACACAAAAGGCAGAGAUCAUUCUUCUUGAUAGAACUCCAGAAUACUAUGUCUCGUCUCGGAGAUGGCGAAAGGAAAUCUUUACAAGUAUUUUGUCGAAAUUUCCUUUGCCUUGAGUUCACUCUCAAAAUCUGAACAUAGGUGAAUACUUGAACUGGCUUCUAAAUUUUUUUACUGGGAAAAAUUUCAAACCAUGUCACAACAAUUUGAUCAAAAUAAUUGCACACGCUGUAUUUUUGUUAGCUUUCUACGAAAAAUAAACAGAAAAACAUAUAUGGCUCACAAAAACAGCAAAUACUGUCAGAGAACAGAAACAGAAAGGUUAAAGAGGCCUUUGAAUAUGUUUUUUGCACGAGUGCCCAUUCAAGUACAUGACCUGCAAUGAGAUUGCGCAGAGCAACGA